UGCAAGUGAGAUGCAGAGAGCCCCGGCGGGGCUCGGGUGGCUUUGAAUGUUUAAUUGCGGCCGGGGCAGGGACUGGGUGUCGGAGGGAGUCGGUAGCCACAGGCUCUGAAAUGUCCUAACUGCCGGUGAGGAGCCCCUAGAAGGGCAAGAACCUCUAUGUUCAGAAAAUAAGUGAUUCACGAGUACUUUUCUCUUAAUGCAGUUGUUAACCUUUUCUGUAGUAUAGCAGCUAUUUAUUCGAGUUCCCCUCGAAAGCAAGGGAUUUGAUAGCCUUGUUCUCUGAUACACCUUCUAAAGUUAUAAGGAUCAGGCAUCCCUCUUCCCUCCUGACAUCUUCAUCUAUCUCAACUCCAGCACUGCCAAUGAUAACAACUCAGUGUAUUCUUAAUUUAACUGCUGGUACUUAGAAAGAAGCUGGAAAUACCACUUCAUUCAGAUGUCUGUCUUGGCAGUAAUCUGGGAACUGUAAAUUUUGGGUUGCUUUUGUCUUUAUCUCUUAGGCAGGCUGCAUUAAAGCCAGAUUUUGCUGCUGUGACUAGAUCUUGUCAACAUGCAACUCCCUGAAAUUGUCUGCAUCCAGGAGUGCUAUGGAGCAAUUUUCACUAUGUAGAAGGAAUUUUUACAUUUAUCUGGUAGCACUGGGCAGUAUUUUAUUGACACAAAACCAAAAAUGAGUGGAGUACCAACAUCCUCCCACCGAAACUCUGACUGCAAACAGAGCAAACGUGCUGGAACACUCAAUAAAAUCAGUAUGAGAGCCGUGGUGACAGGAGGUGGUGGCUACUGUGGAUAUAAGCUGGGAUGUGCUCUUGCCAACAUAGGAGCUUCUGUUGUUCUGUGUGACAUACACAAGCCUUUGUGGAGGAUUCCCAGUGGAGUGGUGUGGAUCCAGACAGAUAUCAGGGAUUACAGUGCCAUAUUGGCAGUCUGUGAAGGGGCUGACUGUGUGUUUCACGUAGCUUCAUAUGGAAUGUCAGGAACAGAGCAGUUGCAUAAAAAAGAGAUUGAAACUGUCAACAUUAAUGGAACAAGAUUAAUCCUUAAUGCCUGCAAAAAAAAAAACGUCCCUCGGCUGGUGUACACCAGCUCAGUGAACGUGGUGUUUGGAGGGCUUCCCAUUGAAGACGGGGAUGAGGAAUCUUUGCCGUAUUUCCCCAUUGACCAGCUUGUUGACCACUAUUCCAGAACCAAAUCGAUUGCAGAACAAAUGGUACUAGCAGCUGACGGAACUUCACUAGAAGGAGGUGGAAUACUCCAUACCUGUGUUCUCCGCCCACCAGGAAUCUACGGCCCAGAAGAGCAGAGACACUUGCCAAGGCUAGCAAAGAUUAUUGAGAGAAGGCUACUUAGCUUCAAGUUUGGGGACCCUACUGUUCAAAUGAACUGGAUACAUGUAGAGAAUUUUGUACAAGCUCAUAUUCUGGCUGCUCAAGCUCUCACCCCUGAAAAGAACUACAUAGCUAGUGGCCAAGUGUAUUUCAUUCAUGAUGGAGAAAAAUCCAACCUUUUUGAAUGGCUAACUCCCCUUUUUGAAAGAUUAGGUUGCAGUAAGCCAUGGAUACGUAUUCCUACUUCUUUAGUCUAUGCAUCAGCCACAUUCAUGGAACGCCUUCAUGCAAUUUUGAGACCAGUUGUUGACCUGCCCCCACUGCUGACCAGAAAUGAGGUGCAGAACAUUUCUGUAACUCACACAUUUCGAAUAGACAAGGCACGAGCUCAGCUGGGGUACCGCCCACAGAAGUUUGACUUUGCUGAUUCUGUGAACCACUACAUUGAAUCCAGACCACCCUCACAUUAUAAGCUCUUCCUCAAUAUUUUCCUGACUUUAUUUGUUACUUUAAUUUUUCUUUUUCUUUUUUCAAAACUUGGUGGCCUUUCAAUUUUUCGUUUUCUUAAAGGAAGACGACACUGACCUGCACAAACUGCAGGGUCACAGUAUUGCUACCCAUGUCAUUCUGACUUCCACAAUAGUUACUGGCACAGCACAACAAAGAGGCAGCUACUUUUGAAUUUACAAACAAUAUCAUAACAAACGAGUGGCUGGACCUGAGAAAUUAAAAUACAGUAAGCAAUAAUUGCCAAAUCACUGAAACACAACCAGAGUCAUGAUUGUUGCCUUUAUUUCAAACCAAAACAACUUUCUACAUUGACUGCUGAAGUAAAUGAGAACCUGCAGGAAAAACAAGAGCUGCAGACAGCCUGCAGUGCUUCACCACUGAAGAAAAAUGGCUGAAAUAAGAAGAAAGACUUGACCACAGCUUCUGUCAUGGCUCACUACCUUGUGGAACAGAGGAACAAACAAAGGCACAGACAGAACAGAUGACUACAAAUAACACACACCAGGCUUACAGAGACUUCACAUUGUGUGAUUUCAUGAAUUAGCUCUAGCACCACAUCUGAGGGAAAAUAAAAGUGUACUUGAAACAUU